GGAGGUGUCCGGGUGCUUGGGUGCAGUCUUGAACAGGAAUGAACACACUCUCAUGCUUUGUGCGUCUCACACUCUGACAAGUGGACCGUCUUUUAUCACACCGAAAAACUGUGGACGUGUGUUUUUUGUUCAUAUCCUUUAGGCUUGCUGGACUGCACGCUCCUUAGCGAUAGCCUAUAUAUAUUUUCUUCUAUUUAAAAUUAAAUACAUAGCCUAAACAAGAACGAAAAAGAAUGACUUGGACGGUAAACAGCUGUUUGGUCACCCUGGCCAUCCUGUUCCUAUGGCGAGUGGAAGAAAUAGCAGAGGCUUGCAGCUGCUCCCCUGCGCAUCCCCAGCAGGCGUUUUGCAGCUCAGACGUCGUUAUCAGAGCGAAGGUGGUCAAAGGGCAAGAGAUUGAUGCUGGCAAUGACAUCUAUGGCAAUCCGAUCAAACGGAUCAAGUACGACAUCAAGCAGAUCAAGAUGUUCAAAGGUCCAAACCAGGAUAUUGAAGCCAUCUACACUGCACCCUCCUCCGCAGUUUGUGGUGUGACUCUGGAUACUAAUGGCAAGAAGGAGUAUCUUAUUACAGGCAAACUGGAGGAUGAUGGGACAAUGCAUGUCACCCUGUGUGACUUCAUCGAGCCCUGGGACACCAUGAGUCCCACCCAGAAGAAAAGUCUGGUUCAGCGCUAUGAAAUGGGCUGCGACUGCAAGAUCACUCGCUGCACCUCCAUCCCAUGUACGAUCACCAGCCAAGAGGAGUGCCUGUGGACGGACUGGGUGAUGGAGAAGAACAUCAACGGCCCACAGGCCAAACACUUUGCUUGUAUCAAGAGGAGUGAUGGCUCUUGUGCCUGGUAUAGAGGGGUAGCACCACCCAAAAAGGAUUUCCUGGACAUCGAGGACCCUUAACUCCACAGAUCAUCACUGUUCAAUUUUACUGAGGAUCUCUGCAGUUGAAAUAUACGAAGCUAUAAAUUACAGAAAUACAAAUUAAUAUACCGUGCAAAUUGUUACAAUGUUGUUGUUUUUUUUUCAUAAUAUCAAAGCCAUAGAGUUUGCAUUCACGGGUGAGGUAGUGAUGUUACAAAAAGAAAUGACUUGUUGCAGGAAUCGUUAAUUGUUUAAUCAAGAGUUAUAGUCUUAUAAAUUCAGCACUUUCUGAUCCUUUCACCCCCAAUUCCAAAGCACUUCCUGGCUGCUCACUUUUCCUACUACAUAAAUAAAGGGAACCCUCAAAUUUGAUGUUACUGUUCAAAGCUUUUUUUUUUUUUUUUUCCUGCGCUAUUCAUUUCUGGUAGCUUUUCAGUCUGAACCAAAGAUAUCAUCUAAAUGAAUGACUAAUCAAAGAAUGACACAUGCACAUACGCAUACUGUAAAUCAAAAGUAUAACUACUCUGUACAUGAUCUGUGUUUUCAUAAAUAAACAUUGGCUGGCAGCUGGCAUCCUGAGCUACAUUUGUGACAGCGGUGCUAUCACAAAGAAUGAGUGCCACCCCUUAUUUGCCCCGUUUCAAAUAUUAGAAAUACUUUGUGUUAUUUGUUGAUUUUAUUUUUAAGUGUUUCUUCAAAAUAUUUAGUAAAUCUGACUGUUUAAAGGAGUGGCAUACUGAUAACAUAUCAGAUGCCAGCCUGUGUAUACAAUCUUUUUUUUUUUUUUUUUUUUACAUAAGUUUCUGUUUUCUUUAAAAAAUAAUGAUUUUUGAAUAGAUGUAGAAUGCACUUUGAACACAGUUGCCACACUAGUCAUAUUUUCUAUAAUGGAAAAUGUCUGAAAACAAGGGGAUUGAAUCCUCAAUUUUGUAUUUUGUAUUACAGCUCUGACAAGUAUAAUUUGUGCUUUUGUCUUUGUAAUGCUUUGGUGUAAGAGCAUCUUUUAUUUAAGGAGGUUUUAUUAUUCAUCAUAUUCUAGUGAAAAAAAUGUCCAAAUUUUACUACUUUUUGUGAAAAAAAU